UUCUAGCUCCCUCGUGCUAUGUUGUUGUUUUGCUUUUGAUCCUUUUUCUUGUGCAAAGCAAGGCAAUUUGGAAUCUGGCUGUCAGCCGAAGAUGUCUUCACCUACUCGAGAUCAGGAAAGCGAUGCUUUAGCCCUGUUAGCUCUAAAAUCAGGCACUAUUAAUCCUAUGAAGCAAAUGUGGGCUGGUGUCAACACUGUGACUCCAAUAGCUAAACUUGAAGGUCGCGAGUUCGAAUAUUUGGUUCGGCAAAGUCGGAUUAUCAUCGGACGAAACAGCAGUCUUGGGAGCGUAGACGUCAAUAUGGGCCAUUCCAGUUUCGUUUCGAGGAAGCACUUGCAGAUAAAAUUCGAAAAUCAGGAAUUCUAUCUCAGUUGCAAUGGGAAGAACGGAAUAUUUGUUGACGGUGUUUUCCAUCGACGAGGUGCUCCUCCAUUGAAACUACCCUACGUUUGUGUGCUGCGAUUUCCAUCCACGAAUGUGAAAGUUCGUUUCACCUCGCUCGUUGGUGACAACACUCCGAAACGCGUACCGAGUCCCCCAAGAACAAAGGUUUUACCACCUCUGCGAAUAAACAUCCCGCAAUCAGAUUCUAACUUCGCCUCUCCUAUUCCAUCUCCAACAGGAACUAUAAGUGUGCCAAACUCCUGUCCUACCAGUCCCCGUGGAGAUGCCAAUCACACCUACGCUCCAAACUUACAUGCUGUAGCAGAGUUAGCUGCCCAAGACGUCCAAGUUACCGUAGAGGAAGAUAAACCCAACCCCUCUGGAGGGGAGGCGGGCAGUAAAGAUGACGGCAAGCCACCCUUCUCAUAUGCUCAGUUAAUAGUGCAAGCAAUAUUAUCUGCGCUUGAUAAGCAACUGACUUUGAGUGGUAUCUACACUCACAUCACGAAGAAUUACCCAUAUUAUCGCAGUGCCGACAAAGGCUGGCAGAAUUCCAUUCGUCAUAACCUAUCCCUAAACCGCUACUUUGUGAAAGUACCACGUGCUCAGGAUGAACCGGGAAAAGGCUCUUUCUGGCGGAUUGACCCAUCAUGUGAGCAGAAGCUGGCAGAGCAGGCAUUCCGCAAACGUCGACAGAGAGGUGUACCAUGUUUCAGACCACCUUUCUCUCAACUGUCUUGCAGGUCAGCCCCAGCAUCUCCCACUCAUGGCCUUCAGUUUCAUGCUCCCCCUGCUCCAGUGACUCAUGUACCACGAGAGAAUUCCCCUACCAAAACAGUGACCCAGGCAGCUGAUGCAGCAGGAUCUCAAGCCAAAGCAACCCCUACCUCACCUCCUAUCAUCCCAGCAUCUGGACUUCCACCCCCUGUGCCUUCCUUACCUUCAACAGUCCUCAAACAAUCUGCCGCAUUACAAGCAAUUGCUGCACAAAUGGCAGGAGCUGCUCUGCCUGUCAGUGUGAUCAAGUCUUCCUUGGAGGCUGUGAAAGAAGGAGAUGGAGCUGAGUCUGAGAAGAAUGGAUUUUCUCAGUCAUCAGGAGAUGAGUCACCCGUAGAGAAUACUCUUCAACCAGACGCAAAAACAGCUGUCAGCAAACCUAUGAUUUCUACUUUAGUAAAGCCAAUACAACAACCAACGCAACAACAAGUUCAAAAAAUACAACAAGAUCAAAAACCACACCAACUGUCACAUCAACAGCAGAUUCCUCUUCAGUUUUUAGCAGGAGCAGCUGCUCCCAGUGCAGGUGGCUUGCUUACUCCCAUUCCUACACCAACAAAUGUCUCUCCAACUGGCACUCAGGAUAUGUCAGUCAAACCACAGAUUUCAAAAGUUCCUAACCCUCUGCCACUUCCAAUAGUAACAACCGGAACACUCACUCCUGACUCCUCUCCUCUUGGGGUGUUGUCUCCAGCUGCCACUACAGCUGCAGUUUCAAUGGCAAUGAAUGGUGCCAAGCGACCAUUAAGCACAAGUCAACCACUGACCAACAGUGAAGAAGAACAUGAAAUAAAGCGUCAAAAAUUAUCUCAGCCAAGUGCUGCAUACAAAAGUAGCCCCUCCCAGCCGGAGACUGCCGAUCAAGGAAAGCUCUAGCCUUCGCACACAUUAACUUUCUCAAAGCAUCAAGGCUGCUAAGUUACUGCUGUUAUUGUUUUGUACAGUUAGUAGUUAAGGCACCAAUCAUUUGUGGUAGACACUGCAACUGAUCAGAAUUCAUCAGAUGGGAGGUGUUUGACAUGUCAACACACACUUGACAGGACAAGGUGCAUUCUUUAAACAACAGUCUUUUUUCCUGAUCUCAUACUUUGAAAGGUCUCAAAUGUGUUUUACAAAGGUUGCAUAUGAACGCUACCAAGUGUCAGGGCACUGGACAAAUGUGGGCUGACAUGUGGUAAAUUUUGGGAACCUGAGGUGACGAAAAAUUUGUACUGGAAUGAGUGGUGUCCAAUGCAGAGAAGCAAAUGCUCUAUUUAACUAGUGACAUUUCUUAGAGUUCAGGGCACCUCAAAGGAUGGGAAGUUAAAGAUCAGAAUGAAUAAGUUAGGACUGAACAAUAUUUGUGCAUGUGUACAGAUGCCAUUCUUCUGUUGAGAAUGGGAUGUUUGUUACUAAGUGGGCUGGAUCUACACUGUAUGAUGAAGUGUUCAUUGGUAUAUAUCUGAUGAGAUGGGUGAAUAAUGGAUGUGACUACCUCACAACGCUACAAAGCUACAGCACAUGUUAUGCUGUACUUUUAAGAUGUUUUGUUUGGCAUUGUUGCUGAUCAAAAUAGUGGUAUUCCUAUAAAUUAUCAGGGAACUGUGGUCAAAUGUAAACAUUUCAUACAAGUAUGCUUAGUUCUUACCCUGUCAAAUGGUAAUUAUAAUGCAGCAGUUCUAAAAUACAUUGAAAGUGUUUCAUACAUGACAAACUGGGUUUUGCUUUCAAGGGACUUAUUAAUUUAAGGCCUAACAGGAACUACAAAGUUUGCCAUAAUUAAAAAGAUAUAUUAAGAGAAUUAAUAGUAAAGAAAGCCAAAACAGUUUCAGGUUUUAUUUUAGCAAAAUUGUAGCUGUUUGGCUUUCAUUGAAUCUUUCUAUUUCCCAUGGUGCAAUAUUCAGCAAUUUUUGGUGUAUGCAAAGAAUUCAUGUUAUAGCUGAGUUCAGGCUUGCAGGGUUGGUAAUUCUUGCUCUUGAGGGCUCUAUUUCUGCUUUUCUAAAUUAAUCACUGAAUUUUAAUACAACUGAAGUAUUAAUUCCAAAAUUAUGUUUCUUGCUUUCUAAAUGAGCAGAGUUGUUCAAAAAUGAAAAUAAAGAAAUGAUUUAUAUUUCCUGAAAAGCCAAAAUAAGUAAGUAAAAUGAGUGUUAGUUACAGUCAUUGUAAGUGUAUGUU